CCUGGGGAAUCCUCUGGUUUAUGCAAAACUAGGAAAAAUGGCGACGGAGAAUGAGACGGAUAACCGUAGGAGCGACGGAGGAUGAGACGGAUAACCGUAGGAGCGAAGGUGGACCAGGCUUAGGAGGCAGUGCCGUGCAGAGCGAAGAGGGUCAAAAAGACAGAGAAUCGAUAAAUCCGGAUGGUACCAAAGGGAAUCGGAAGGAAAUCUCCUCAGGGGAAAGCUCGGGGAAAGUCGGGCGAAGCAGGCAAGGGACCCAGGAGACCAAGGAGGGAGGAAAUAAGGACAGGACAAGCCCCCGGAAUUCAGAGGGGGCUGUGUCUAAGAAAGUGAGGGUCACGGAUGCGAGGCGCAAACUAGCGGGAAUAGAAAAAAGGACCGCGAAAUGCAGUGCAGGUGACCCCUAUGGGCUUUACGAACGUAGUAGCCGAAGCACAAAGGAGAAUGCUCGCCGUAGCUGGAGACAGUUCAAGAAGGAGGUCCUAGCCAUCUUGCAUUGCCUCAAGACCUUUCAGGCCUACCUAUUUGGGAGGCGGUUCAUCCUAAGGAUCGAUCCGACGAAUGACGCAGGAGCCUUAAAGAAUUACAGGCCUAUAGAUCCGACAGUGGGGAGAUGGGUAGGAUUUAUCUGGCAGUUCGAUUACAAGAUCGAACGAAUUGCUGAAAUCAGAAAAAAGGCCGAUGGGCUGAGUCGGGUCUGCAUCACUCCCGAAGGGGUGGAGGAUGCGGAGCCCAUAAACGCAUUCCUUGAAUACGAAGGAGGAACUCUUGUGGUGGAUAACGAAAUGAUGGGCGAAGAAUGCGCGUCGGGAGAACUGUUGAUCCGGACUUUGGAUAAGGGGGCACCUGCCGUUAGAGAAGGACCAGUCACCACUCAAGGUCGCAAAGAGGAGAAAGAUUUGUGGGGAGCGAUAGUAGGACCGAAGGAGGAACUAAUAGCAAUGGCGGUUGAGGGAGGCCGGGAAGCCGUGAUGAGCCUAGUGGACUUUUGGGAAAGGAAAGAGUUGCGGUGGAUGGUAAACCAGAUGCAGGAGAGAAAGGACGAGGACCAGGAAGGGAAGGAGUUUUUCUAUGCUCAGAUACACGAAGGGAUUCUUCGGGAGAUUGGGUUGUUGCUGGUAGGAAACAAACAACACAUGGAAGUCAGCAUUAAAGCAAGGGAGGAGGCCGAGAGGUACGUCCUAAGGGAUGGCCAUCUGUUCGGAAGGGAGGACGGUGCUAUGCCUAGAAGAGUUGUGUGCGGGAGAUCUAGGCAGUUGGACGUUAUCCAGGCAAUGCACGACGGACUAGUAGGAGGACAUCGAUCAUCUAAAGGAACUCUUGCGAAGAUAACGCCGCUCUAUUAUUGGUCAGGCAUGGCAGGUAUGGUCACCACGUACUGCCAGACCUGCCUAAUCUGCCAGGAACGGAGCUCAGCACGCGUCUUUGAACCGCUUAAACCAACGCGGGUGUUGGGGCCGGGACAUCUGGUCCACCUUGACCUUGCGGUCAUGCCUAUAUCAACAGAUGGGUACAGGUAUAUCCUGGAUGCGCGAGACAACUUGAGUGGGUUCGUGGAGGCGGUCGCUCUCAAGAAAAAGACGCGGAGAAGUGUAGCGGAUUGGAUAGAAGACUUCUACUUAAGGCAUCCCUUCAUCAAGAGGUUUAUAGCGGACAAUGGGACAAAAUUUGUAAACCAAGAAGUGUUGGGAAUGCUUAAGAGGCUCUGUGUACCGAUCAAACUCAUCGAGCCAUAUCACUCGGAGGCCAAUGCACCUGUGGAAAGAGGGCACCGGACCUUAAAGAACACAAUUGCGAAGCUCGCGGCGGACAAUCAGGGGAGUUGGCCUAGGUAUCUUAAGCAGGCGGUCUUCUCAGAGAACAUGACACCUAAGAGGACAACGGGACGUAUCCCAGCGGAACUUUGGUACGGAAGAGAGAUCGAUUUUCCCGUGGAAGCCUUGAUACCAACCUGGAACAGGUUAGAUGACGAUCCGCAUAUGACCACAGAGGAAUUGAUUGAGGCAAGAAGUCAACAAGUUCUUAGGAGCAAGGAGGUCAUGGAAGACAUCGCCAACCGGGUACUAGCACAGAAUGAGGGACAAAGCAAGGUGGGACCAGGUUAAGAAUGUCAGAAAGGAGCCACUUCAGGUGGGGGAGACAAUAUUGCUAAGGAACUCAGCACUAGAAAGUGCUUGGUUUGAA